ACAACCGAUGAAUGUUUGUUUGCAGUGUAACAAAAAAAAAAAAAAAAAGUAACCUACAUUUGUUUGUCUUUCAUUUGUCUCUUCGAGAACCAAACACUGGUGAGGAUUAAGGUCAAGUCUAACCAAACCAGUAAGAUGACAUUACUGACAGAAUGAUACAAUCACAGAUUCAGAGCGUUUUUAAACUGAAUGGUUGAGCAGCGUUUUCAUUACACGAGCAGACGAGAGACGAGGCUGCACUACUCCCUCUUAACCAUGAAGGCGAAGCUGGAGAUCUUGGCGAUGGUCCUGGGCUUCAUCGGCCUGUUCGGGACGAUAGCAGCCACUGCCAUGCCCACCUGGAGGGUGUCCGCCUACAUCGGUGCCAACCUCAUCGUCAUGGAGGACCUCUGGGAGGGCCUGUGGAUGGCCUGCUACAGACAAGGCAACAUCAGGAUGCAGUGCAAGGAAUACGACUCGCUGCUGAGCCUCACACCGGAGAUACAGGCGGGCAGGGGGCUCAUGUGCACCUCCAUAGUCCUGGUGUUCCUCGCUCUGCUCAUCACAGGAUGCGGGAUCAAGCGCUGCACCUGCUGCGGCGACAAUAUGAAGAGCAAGAACAUCACGAUGGCUUUAGGGGGGUCCUUCUUCCUGUUAUCCUUUUUGACCACGCUCAUCCCCGUCAGCUGGGUGGGACACACCGUCAUCAGAAACUUCUACAACCCAGCGGUGAUAGAUGCCGAGAAACGGGAGCUGGGGCAGGCACUUUACAUUGGCUGGGCCACAUCUGCCGUUUUGCUGAUCACCGGGAUCAUCAUCCUGGUCAGCUACAACAAGCGCAGCUCAAAGGAAGAACUGCCCUACAGUGAGACAUAUUAUAUGGCCGAAAGGAAUGAAGAGAAGCAGGACAAUGUUAACCUGUCGAGGACGCCGUCCAGUUUUCACAAGCAUCAAGAAUAUGUAUAAAUCAAAUGUACCACACUGCACCGUGCAAAUUGCUCUUUGCAUAUCCUAAACCCUGGUGUGUGCCGAGGAUCCAAAUCUGGCUGAUGAGUGUGCAAAUUCUGUCUAAAUAUAUAUAUUUAACAAAUAUUAUAAUGGUAGCUGUGUAAAUGACUCAUGCACUGUGUUUGUAUUGUAUUAUAAAUGUGCAAAGCCUCAACAGAUGCCACAAAAUAUUGUAAUAUUGUAUAUGUACAAGAACAAUUAUUGUAUCAUGAGAAUGUCACCAGUGUUUAAUACAACUGUUUUUGGUAAUGUCAUUUUAAUUGUGCCAUCAUGGGUUAGGUUUCUCAACAGUUAGCUCUCAUUUUUAAAUACUCAGCUAUUUUGAUCAUUAUUUUGGCACUGAUGACCAAGAAGCUACAUCAACAGACGUGAGAAUUAAAUAUAAAUAAAAGGUUGGAUUCUG